ACAAAGGACAACAAAACUCAAGGAGUAAUGGAAAAGAGCCAGUGGGACUUGAAACAUAUUCGUUUUACUUCUGGCCGGCUCACCAGGCUUGAUGACUUUGUAGCCCAGUAUCGGAUUAGCCACACUGCACUCCUGAAGGAGUAUGAGGACUCCGAAAGAGUUUUCCGAAGGAAGACUUACAGAGUAGAAAAAGAAAUAUGGAAAGAAAAGCAACAGAAAAAACGGGGAAGAUAUGUCUCACCAAUUCCCAAGCCUUUCCCUUUCAAGACAUCAAAAAAGAAGUCCUCAGUUUCUGAGGGUCCCAUUGGAAAACAAAUCUCGCCCCCACAGCCAAGGUCAUCCCUGGAGGGGGACCAUGAAAACAUUGUUGAUAUCAAGUCAAAGACAACAGCAACCCCACAGAAUCAACUCACCACUUUGUGGAAAAGGAGAGACACUGAGGUUGUGGUUUCUGUGGUCCCUACACAAACCAAAGUAACAUCAUUUAUCAUUCAUCACAGUGAACUGUGUACACUUCGGCCACACCAGUGGCUAAAUGGCGAGAUAAUUGAAGCCCUGUUUCAUAUUGCUGCCAGUGAGCUAGAGAUCGGGAAUUCCAUUUACAUUCUUAAUCACUACAUGGCAGGUGUGAUUCUGUUUGGGGAAAAACCUCAGCUUGCCCGGCAAAAAUUGUCAAAGAUUAACUUGAACAAUUACCAGGGAAUUGUUUCUUUUGUGAACAUUGACAAUGUCCAUUGGAAGUUUCUGUUCAUAAAUGCGGUCAACCACACAGUGUACCUGGUAGACCCAUCAAGAAGUCCCACAGAGAAAGAUGACUCAAUUCAUGCUGCCCAAAAACUCAGUGAGUACAUACAAAUGAGGAAUACGCAACAAAGAAAAACAGAGUGGCAGAAUAUACAGUGGAAAGGAGGAGUUAUGACACAUUCAGUCCAGCAGGAUGGCAGUAGCUGUGGCGUCAUUGUUGUCUUGAUGGCAAGGGAAAUAAUGAAAGCAUUUCCAAAUGUUCCCAUUUUACAAUUUGGAACUUCCAGAAAGGAAAUGGCCAAUGAACGAAAAAUGAUGGCUCUACAGAUACUCAAAGCAUCAGUGUUCGAUGAAGCCGAAAACUGUUCCAUGUGUUCCCUUAAAAAGCCUACUGGAUGUGUGCAUCGUUUCAUAAAUUGGAUCCAAUGUGACUCAUGUGAAAGGUGGUACCAUGAAAAGUGCCUGGGUAUGGCCAAAGAAGACCUGGAACAGGCCAGAGCUAACAGAUGGAGCUGCAUAUUGUGCUCUUAAAGUGUUUUAAUAAAACAAACUUUUUUCUUUUUCCUUUUUUUUUUUUUUUUUUUUUUGAAGUGUGCAGUUGUUCUUUUAAAUUGUUAUUAAUAGUUGUAAAUGGUAAAUUGUUUUGAUUAAAUUGAGUAUAAACACUGUUUUGUGAAAAAUGUGAAAGAAAGGUCUUAAAUUAUUAUAAAAUUAAACAUUUUUAUGUGUGAAAUUCAACAUCAGAACAUUAUGUCUUUUUGUAGUUGAUGUUGUACUCUUAAUCUGAGUUGAAAAUGGUAUGUGGACCCUAGAACUUUUAUUUUUAUAGCUUUUUGAAAGUAGAGAUGCUCAAAGCUGACAUUGUGGUAAGGUGUACUCUCAGUCUGAGGUGAAAGUGGUCUGUGCAAUGUAUAAUUUCAAUUUUUA